GUCGACUUCAACGUCCCCCUCGACGCCGACAAGAAGGUCACCAACAACCAGCGUAUUGCCGGUGCCGUGCCCACCAUCAAGUACGCCAUCGACAAUGGCGCCAAGGCCGUCGUCCUCAUGUCCCAUCUGGGCCGCCCCAACGGCUCCCCCAACGCCAAGUACAGCUUGAAGCCCGUCAUCCCCGAGCUCGAGAAGCUGCUGGGCAAGAGCGUCGAGUUCGCCCCCGACUGCGUUGGCCCCGAGGUCGAGAGCAUCGUCUCCAAGGCCGACAACGGCCAGGUCGUCCUCCUGGAGAACCUGCGUUUCCACAUUGAGGAGGAGGGAUCCGCCAAGGACGCCGACGGCAACAAGACCAAGGCCGACAAGGCCAAGGUCGACGAGUUCCGCAAGGGCCUGACCAAGCUGGGCGACGUUUACGUCAACGAUGCUUUCGGCACUGCCCACCGUGCCCACUCAUCCAUGGUUGGUGUCGACCUGCCCCAGAAGGCUGCUGGCUUCUUGAUGAAGAAGGAGCUCGACUACUUUGCCAAGGCCCUCGAGUCCCCCAAGCGACCUUUCCUUGCCAUCCUCGGUGGCGCCAAGGUUUCCGACAAGAUCCAGCUCAUCGACAACCUGCUGGAGAAGGUCAAUGCCCUCAUCAUCUGCGGUGGCAUGGCCUUCACCUUCAAGAAGACUCUCGAGGGCGUCAGCAUCGGCAACUCCCUGUUCGAUGAGGCCGGCUCCAAGACCGUUGGCCAGCUCAUGGAGAAGGCCAAGAAGAACAACGUCAAGGUGACCCUGCCCGUCGACUACGUGACCGCCGACAAGUUUGACAAGGAUGCCAACACUGGCUCGGCUUCUGACAAGGACGGCAUUCCCGAUGGCUGGAUGGGUCUGGACUGCGGUCCCGAGUCCAUCAAGCUCUACCAGGAGGCCAUCGAUGGUGCUGAGACCAUCCUCUGGAACGGCCCAGCUGGUGUCUUUGAGUUCGAGAAGUUUGCCAAGGGAACCAAGGCCACCCUCGACGCCUUCACCGGCGCCGUUGCCAAGGGCAAGAUUGGUAUCAUCGGCGGUGGUGACACCGCUACCGUGGCCGCCAAGUACGACGCCGAGGACAAGUGCAGCCACGUCUCCACCGGUGGUGGCGCAUCUCUCGAGCUUUUGGAGGGUAAGGAGCUGCCCGGUGUCACUGCCCUCAGCAGCAAGUGA